GAGUCAAAAUCCCAUCUUUGAUCGCUCUUCACGGUCAAAAUCCAAUCUUUUUGGCGUGGAUCAGCCUGAUCUCAGCCAGGUUGGGCCAAUUGGGCUGACCCAAUUGAGCCCGCUUCAGAUCCAGCAGAUCCAAGCUCAGUUCCAGCUCAACCAUCAACACCAGCUCAUGAUCUCAAGAGCCCUUCAAGCUAGAAGUUACAGCAGUGCCCUCGGUGUCAAGCCACAGCCCAUGAAGCUCCAGGCCUCCUCUUUAGCCCCAUCCAAGCCCACAAAGCUCUACAGGGGAGUGAGGCAGAGGCACUGGGGCAAAUGGGUUGCCGAGAUCAGGCUACCGAGGAACAGGACAAGGCUCUGGCUCGGCACCUUUGAUACUGCCGAGGAGGCUGCCUUGGCUUAUGACAUGGCUGCUUACAAAUUGAGGGGGGAUUAUGCGAGAUUGAACUUUCCUAAUUUGAAGCAUUCAGCUGCUGCUGGAGCUCAUUUGCAUUCCUCCGUCGAUGCUAAGCUCCGAGCAAUCUGCCAGAACCUGGAGAAGAAUCCCUCUGGGAAGAAAGAGGUCAAGGGGAAAAAGAAGCCCAAGGAGGCUGUGGUGGCCGAGAGGGACGACUCAUCCUCCUCCUCGUCGUCUUCGACCAUUACCGCAGUGGUGAAUUCUCCGGUCUCGGAGAUUGAAAGCUUGGAUUUCAAUGAGGUGCCUUGGGAUGAGGCUGAGGACUUCGUGUUGAGGAAGUACCCUUCUUAUGAGGUUGAUUGGGAUGCUAUAUUGUCUUGUUAAGUUUAGUACUUGGGUUUGUGCUCUAGUUGGCUGCUGCAAAUGGAAUUUUUGGCAUUUGCGCAGCCUUUUAUUAGACGAGUUUUUAGUGUAAGAUCUCGUGGUCUUCUGCUGGUUAUUUUUUUUCUUGGCAAGGCCAGUGAGGGAGUGUAUUUUCAGUUUCAGUUGUAACUCUCUUGUUGUGGCUUUUGUAAGUAUAUCAGUAUGUUUGUAUUUUGUAGAUUUGAUAUCAAUUUUUGCUCUUAUCGUA